GCGUGCGCGUACAUUCGAAAAUCGAACACCCACGCGAGAUUGCCGCCGAUUCCUUUUAUUUUUUUAAACUUUAUAAAUUUAUGCGCAGUGUGUAUCCUGCCAGUACCGUAUUGUUUUUUUAAUUGUACAUUUCUAAACAACCAGUGUUGUAAUCUAAUUAUUUUCAAAUACCUGCUGACCUUAGGGACAGGUUGUGAACUGCAACUGGAUGUGAACAAGUGUUAGUGCAAGCUGAAUAUUAUGUUACUGAGUGGACUGGAAGUAUAGCCGUUAGCAAUGGCCAGCUUCAACGACCUCUCCUUCGACUGGGAGUCGCUCUGCCAGGAGUGUCCUGAAUGCUGGACCACAUCAGACUUGCAGCUCGCGGCGGAGCUCGGCAAAACCUUGUUGGAGAGGAACAAGGAGCUUGAAACUGCGCUGCGGCAGCACCAGAAUGUUAUCGAAGAUCAGACGCAGGAGAUCGAAUACUUAACAAAACAAACGGUCGCCCUGCGCGAGGUGAACGACUCAAGACUAAGAAUCUACGAGCAGCUAGAGGUUAGCAUCCAGGACCUGGAGCGCGCCAACCACCGCCUCGCCGUCGACCAUGCCGCCGAUAAGAAACACAUUAAGACGUUGUGUUCAAACAUCGAAACGCUUGAAGGGAAAUGCGAGGAACUACAAAAGACUGUCGACGACCUUAACGCCCAACUGGAGAUAGCGAGGCGACGCGCGGAACGGAAGCCAGAGAGCACUGAAAAACCCAAAGAAAAAGAAAUCAAACCAGAACAGACGACGCCUAACUCGAAAAGAAUUGAAGCGAGUAGCACGCCUCUAAAAACCAUCGCUCCCCUCCCAGAACUGACCAAGGAAGACGAGGACCUACUUAGGUUAAGCGAUGAGUUGCGAGAAAGUAAAGUUGCCUUCGCACAAGAGCAGAGACGAGUUACGGAACUCGAGGAACAGUUAGCGUCUAUAGUGCAAGAGAACAACAGAUUGCAAGAUCAGUUGAGGAAUUGGAACCAGAACAAUGAGGAGCCCAAGUCGAUGCACGAGGAAUUCGCGAUCUUGGAAGAAGUCAGACAAGGUCAACUAUGCAUCAGAUGUCUACGGGGCGUCGAGCGGGGCGACGAUAUGUCCUCCAUGCUAGACGGAGACGACGAUGACCGAUCUGCCAUCAGCUCCCUCAUUCUCUCCCCCUCUGUCCAAGAUAGCCCUAGAGAAGAACUCGUUACAACGAAACUUAUCAAGUUCGAUAAUGCGAAGGAAAAGCUACUUCAAGGCAUUUGGGCCAACAAGGAGGAUGGUCACGACAACCCGUACCGGGAGCUCGUGCAGAAGUACGAGGCGCUGCUGGAAGUGCAGCUGUCGCAGGUCAAGAGCAUCCGCAAGAACAAGCCCGCGCCCUCCGGCCCCGUGUCGCUGCAGGACGAACUGCAGGUCUCCGGCGACUUCAGCCACUUCAGCGUCAAGGAUACCGACGAGGAGAGCGGACACGGAGAGGACGCCAAGGAAAAGAAACCUGAAACGCGCAAGAAAUUCAUCCAAACCCCAGAUUUCUCUGAAGCGGAGACCUCCAGCUCUGGAUUCUCCGAUGAGACCAGUAACAAAGCCACUCAGACGGAACGCGAGCGCCCGGGCUCGUUCCUCUGCACCAUCGCCGACGGGGAGGACUACCGCUUCAGCAUCUACGACGACGUCAGCCCCAUGGACAGUCGCUUCCGCAACCGACCGGAAUACAGAGAACUCUUCAAAGAGAUCUUCACAAUUUUGAAGAAAGCGGCGGAAAACAAAGACGAGGGUGAACAACUCCCGCUCCUAGACGACACGGGAAAAGUUCCCCCCGUCACCCCCGCCAACGAGGAACCCCCAGGAAACUUCACCGACGACACGCAAAGCGUACUUUCCUCUGUCAUGUCUGAACAAUCGAUUCCAGUCUCCGAUAUUACCGCUCCGGAGACGCCGACGCUCAAAGAAAAGGUCCACGUUCUCGAACCCGCUAAGAAGAAGGAAACCGAAAACAAAGAGAACAAACCAGUGGAGACCGCUAAACCAAAAGAGAGACGAGAGUCUGAAAAAGCUGAGAAGGCAAACGAAAAAGAGAAGGAGAAGGAGCGAGUUUUGACUCCCCUGGUCCGUCAGCCUCUGGAGUACAUAGCGGCCACUAGAAAGAAGUCCAGACAUCGCAACAGGAAACACAGCCAGGAGCGACAGGGCGCCGACUCGCCGGUGUUCCCGUCGCCGCCCAAGAUCACCUACCAGAAGUCGUCGAACAAGAAGCGAAGAGACUACCGGCCCAUCGAAGUCAGCCCGCUGGUGCGGUCGAGCGAGGCCGCGGACUGGAACGGCUCGACGCUGCAGUUCUACAACCGCAGCCUGAACUCGCCGACGCCGAGCGCCAGCGGCCGCAUCUACCAGGGCUGGAACCCCGACACCGACUCGUGGGACAUCAAGCAGAGCACGGCGUCGCAGGAGAUCCACAAGCUGCGCAAGCUGGAGCUCUCGUACGCGGAGGUGCUCAGGAACGCGGACAAGACUAAACCGCGCCGCAAGAAGCACCAGUAAUUUAUUCCUGUUAUUUUAUUACGUCGACCCCUCUUACUCAUCAGUAGGAGCCGAGUGAUCCGAACGCCAUUUGUCUUUGCCAACUGGACAUAUUAAUUUAAUUUAAGAGUAUUUGUUUGUGAUCUGCUAGGUUUAUUUUAUUUUAUUACUUGAACUUUAUUCAAAAUCUUAAAUUGCCAUAAUUAAACCGGUAUAUUGUUUGUAUACCUCGCCGAUAUGUAUACCUAUGUAAGUCUGUCCUUCUGUAUGAAGUAGUAAAUAGUACUGCCCUCCGAUAUCCCGAACAGUACAUACGACAAACUACCUUGCAUUUAUGUCAACAAAGUUGAAUUUGGCUUGAAUUGAGUACCCGAAUUUGCAAUGAAUUGGCAUUUUAGAAUUUUAAAAUGUUAACUGUUUCUGUUGCUAUAUUAGUCAUUAUUUUAAUUGUAUAUUAUGUAUUCGAUUUAUAAUUUGUAAAUAUUAUUUUCGUUUAAGUUAAUUAUAUUUUUUUAAUUGCCAUGGAUAUUUGAGAGUACUCAAGGUUUGUAUGGAAUUGUAUGCUAUUUAAAGAAGACAGGAAGGUUGAAGGUAUAAAUAAAAAUUUGCAUUAAUAAUAUAA